UGAAUAUUGUGGUAAUGCAAAUGAAGCUGUAAAUCAAAUUAGUAAUUUUAUUCAAAGUUCUCGAUUAAAAAAUAUAAAUAUUAAUGCUGUUAUUACAGAUUUAGCUUCAGCUUAUACAACAUUUGAUAUGUUAAAUAAAGAGGAUAGAAAUAAUGAUGAGGAAUUAGUAAAUGGCUUGGAAAAUUAUGAAGAAAAUUCUGAUAUUUUACAUUUGCUAUUAGGUCAUUGUGUUAAUUUUACAGAUAGUAAAGAAGUAAAAUAG